GCCCCGGGCUCUGAAAGCAGCCUGUGGACACGCUUGCUUGCCUGUCUUUUCAGGUUUUGGGGCUCUUGGCUACACGAAUGUGCCUCCCUCCCUUGGCAUGAUGGGGAUCUUUUUGGCGUCUGUUGGAUUUGUGUUCUUUUCCGUGUUAUAUGUACAACAAGGGCUUUCUUCUCAAGCAAAAUUUACCGAGUUCCCGCGGAACGUGACUGCGACCGAGGGACAAAAUGUGGAAAUGUCCUGUGCUUUCCAAAGCGGCUCUGCUUCAGUGUACCUGGAGAUCCAGUGGUGGUUCCCGGGACCAGAGGACCUGGAGCAUGGGACUGAGGCGGCUGGCUCUCAGGUGGAGCUCUUACCCGACAGAGACCCGGACAACGACGGGACCAAGAUAAGUACAGUGAAAGUCCAAGGCAAUGACAUCUCCCACAAGCUUCAGAUUUCCAAAGUGAGGAAAAAGGAUGAAGGUUUAUAUGAGUGCAGGGUGACUGAUGCCAACUACGGGGAGCUACAGGAACACAAGGCCCAGGCUUACCUGAAAGUCAAUGCCAACAGCCAUGCUCGGAGGAUGCAGGCCUUUGAAGCCUCACCUAUGUGGCUACAAGACAUGAAGCCUCGAAAGAAUGCAUCAUCAGUGGUUCCCAGCAGCAUCCACAGCUCUGCCAACCAACGAACGCACUCCACCUCCAGCCCUCAAGCGGUAGCCAAAAUCCCCAAACAAAGUCCACAAUCAGCAAAGAGCAAAUCGCCUGUAAAAUCUACGGAGCGGACAGCAAAGUUGACCCUAAACUCCAAGCACCAUUCUGCACCCCUGUACUCUAGUUACCUACACAAGGAGCGUCAGCUUCCGGAAGCAUAAGUGAAGAGGCUAACACAUGCUUUAUUGAUAGUAUUUUCUUUGGGAAGUGGCUGAUCUUUUAUUUGAAGAGAAUUAAUGUGAAGCGAUAGGACAUUUUCUAAUAACAAGAUCUAUUUUUUCCUCUUCUUUCAACAAAUAAAAUCUACAUUUCACUGACUGCUCAAGAGUUGGCCUGAAAGUCAUCAGUAUAGUAAAUACUUCCAUGGAUUUCACCAAUUUCCUACCAAGAGACACCUAAUCUGAACAAAGCAAACAAAGAUGGAAAGCCUAAGAAAUGUAAACUAUCUUCAAACAGCACCCCAGCUGGGGGGAAAACAAAAACAAAAACAAAACAAAACAAAAAUUGCUGGACACUGCAAAUCAACAACAGGCAACCUUUAUUUUACAUAAGGAAGAAUCAAAGCAAGUUUUGGGUUUUUUUUUUUUUUUAAACUUCUUUUUCCCCCUUGGAAUUUUUCUUGGAGUUUCCCUUCUUUUCCUCAAUUGCCGUCCUUGUUCUGUGGUAGCAAGUGCCAAUUAUGGCCAAUUCUAGUCAAUCCUGGGAGGUUUAUAUUCAUACAUAUUGAGUGUGCUAUAUUUCAAUGUAUUUUAAUUCAUUUUGCAAUUUCUGUAAUGCAAACCUGGCAAAUUCUGUAAAUUGCUUAUAGUAUGUGUGAUAUGACCUCAAGGUAGAUAGAUAUGACCCUCAUGCAAGCUGACUUUCUUCAUUCUAUAUACAAAUAUAUAUAUGAGCAUAUACUAGGCUACCAACUUCUUUUCCUAAAGCAUUCUUUUUCAUCUGUAACUCAUGUAUUGUGUGAGUUUUGUAGCGUGUUUCUCUGUUCCACUGGUUUGACAACUAAGGUUUGUCUCUGUUGUCCUCUGCUUCCUCCUAGAAAAUGCAUACUUAAAUUGUAUAUGUCUCUGAUAAAUGAAUUACUUUUGUUGUGUGUAUGCCAUGUUGGAAUUUGCUGUGUUCUUUUACAUGUGUGCUUAUUGAGGUUUGGGGAUCUCGAGUCUGAAGAAUGCACAUCCUGGUUUUGACAGAUCUUGUCAUGUUAUCAAUAUUCUAUCUCAGAAAUAGAAUGAGGCCAAGUGAGAAAGCUGAAGAAGACAUUUUGACUCCUCAGGUUCCUGGAAGAGCACUUCACACUCAGAGUAAAUAACGCUGCUUCCUUGGUUCUUCAAGAAUUUUUGUAGCUUUGUCAUUCUGUUAUUUGCUGCUAAUUAUAUUUUAAUGUCUACUAAUUAAAAUUUAAAAUGUGAUUGUUGGCUGAAUAUAAUAUGCAAAUGACUGCAAAGCCCAUACUGAAGAAGAUAGGUGUUCAAUCUUCACUCAUUAAUUAUAAUUUUAAAUAUUCCAUGGUUAUUUUUGACUUUAUGAUAUUUUGUUUAGACCUAUUCCAAAUAAAUCUUUCUCUGGUAAAGAAAGAUACAACAACUAAUACAAUCCUUCCUCCAAAAUAUAAUAGUUAUGGUUUGAGAAAGAAUGCAUCCAGAUAGUCUUCCAGAAAGAUUACUUUAUUUACUUUUAUUUUAAAUUCAGAACACCAUCUAUUUAGGAAUGGCCCAUUCCCAGCUUAAGGUCCUAAAUUGAAGCUUAAAGGCUAUGAAUACCUUUGAUUUUUUUUUAAGGUAAAAGGCUGGACUCUGCCAUUCACUUAUAAGCAAUGUGCAUAUUUUCAUAACAUUCUUGACAUUUUCUUUUAAGAAAUAUUGCUUUAAGCUAAAUCUUUCCUUGCCAUUUUCUUGUUUCAUUUGAUUCAUUAUUUCAUUCUAAUGAGAAAAAAUAAAGGUUUAAUUGUGAUACUUUAUUAACAUACAAAUGUAUUUUCUUUCAAAGUUAAAUAUCUGAAAGUUGUAUAAAAUGAUGAUAGGUAAAUAUUGCCUGUUAAGUCUCUUUGAGCUUUAAGAGUUCCAUACAUUGAGGCAUAUAUUAAUAUACUGAUUUAAUGUCAACCAAACUGGAAAAACCAUCAUGUAUUUAUAUUUUUACUCCAUGUCCAGUUAAUGAUAUCAGCCAAUUCUACAGUAAGCCAAACUUGUACCCAUAUCAGUAAUGUUCACCAUGCUUGUAAUAAAAGAGCACAUGCUAGUUUGGGAAGAAUGCUCACUAGAUUCAUUGUAUCAGUGUCCAAAGUAAUAAAGACCUGUUUAUCACUGUGUGACCAAAGUCCAGCCCAUCAUCCACUUUGAAAAGAGAAUAUGGCAUACUAUCUGUUUGUUCCAAACUCAAAAAAGAGUAUGGAACUUUAAACAUUAGAGCAGAAAAUACAGCUGUCAAUGGGAAUUUCUAAACAUCUGAACACUAUAUUAUAUUCCUUUGGGACUAUAAUUUUUAUGUAGCCAUGACUAUGGAAGUGAAUAGAAAUGCAAAAGUAAAGUAUCUGGCUUUCUCAACCUUGUUUUCAAGGUAAUAUAGUAUCUUUUUAUAAGACAGAGUUAUAAAAAACUGAAAUUUCUUACAUGAGUUUAAGUUAGAUACUUUAUUCCUUAAAGACUUAUGGGCAGUUAACAAAGUAAAGGAGGCAAAUGAAAUUACUCCUGAACAAAAGAAGAUAAUAGAAUUCUCUAGAACAGAAGCUGUAAUCUGAGUUAGUAAGUAAGCUUCAUAGGGUCUAGGAACGCGCCCUGUUUACAGUCAGCCCUACAUGUCCUUAAACAGCACACUGUAGCAACCAUCUGUGUGGUGUUUGUGCUGUAUUAGGCAAAGUAAUCAGAGAUGAUUUAAUGUACAGGAGGCUGUGUGUAUCGUGUUCAAAGACUAUGCCAUUUUAUCUAAAAGACUUGAAUACUCACAAAUUCUGAUAGCCAAUGAUUGGCUUGUACAGCCAUCUAUCUACAAGAUGCUAGGUGGAGAGCUAUACAUGUAUGGUUUUACUGAUAUUCAUUUUAUGGAGAUAGUCCUUGGCAUGAAUUACUUCUGAAAAGCAAUUUAAUUGUGAUUUCCUUGCCUGAGAAAGAAAUAUAUAAAUGAUUUUAAGAACCUAAGAAGUCCUCAUUACUAUGUUUUUGAAGUGGUUUACCUUGAAGUUUUCAGAAACAAAGGUGUUCAGAAAAAUAUAUUAGUAUAAACACAUAUACACAUAUUUGGCAAAUAAAAUGUAUAUUUUUAAGCCUAGAAAAUUUUUUAAAUUUAUUAUACAUGGGAUGGAAUAAUAAAUACAGAGUAAUAUUUGUUGACUUUUUACAACAGAUGCUAAUUAAAAAAAAAAAAAAAAGGAAUGGUGGCACAUUCCAGGAACCACAA